CAACGUUUCCAUAAUGAUGCCUUAAAGGGAGCUACUGGACCAAAUCGUCUAGACAUAUCAUCAACAGCCUUAGAGCACCUCCCUGUCCAUGGACUGGAAUUUAUCCAGGUCUUAGUUGCAGAAAGAUCAUAUUAUCUAAAGAAAUUACCUGCUCUUGACAAGCUUGCUAACCUGUUGGAGGCUCGACUAACCUAUCCCAGUCAUUGUUGUGCUUUUGCUGACAUGAGAAUGAAAGAGUUGAAUUCCCCUCUAUACAAUUUUGGAAACCUGACAAGCCAAUGUGAUAUGACUCCGCGGAAGCUAGCCAACGACACCAGCAUUGACCCAGCCCCAGACUAUGAAUAUCUGUGUCAUCCUAGAACACUGAGAUGCACUCCAGAGCCAGACGCAUUCAACCCUUGUGAAGACAUCAUGGGAUAUGACUUUCUUCGAGUACUGAUCUGGUUCAUUAGUAUACUUGCCAUCGCAGGCAAUGCUGUGGUUCUGUUUGUCCUUCUGACAAGCCAUUACAAACUUACGGUUCCCCGGUUCCUCAUGUGCAACCUGUCCUUUGCGGACUUCUGCAUGGGAAUUUACUUACUUCUGAUCGCAGCAGUGGACUCCAAGACCAAAAAUCAGUAUUAUAACCAUGCUAUUGACUGGCAAACAGGCAGCGGAUGCAGUGCGGCAGGAUUCUUCACUGUGUUUUCCAGUGAGUUGUCUGUCUAUACAUUGACUGUGAUCACCCUGGAAAGAUGGCACACCAUAACCUAUGCAAUGCAACUGGACCGAAAGCUGCGGCUGCGCCACGCCAUCCUGAUUAUGCUGGGGGGCUGGAUUUUUUCUUUGCUGAUCGCCCUUUUACCACUCGUUGGGGUCAGCAAUUACAUCAAGGUCAGCAUUUGCUUACCGAUGGAUAUAGAAACACCCCUUUCUCAAGCAUAUAUUAUACUCAUUUUGGUGCUCAACGUCUUGGCCUUUAUCAUCAUUUGUGCCUGUUACAUCAAAAUUUACAUCGCUGUGCAAAAUCCAGAGCUAACGCCAACCAAUAAAGACACAAAAAUAGCCAAAAAGAUGGCAGUGCUCAUCUUCACGGAUUUUACAUGCAUGGCACCCAUAUCGUUCUUUGCUAUUUCUGCGGCCUUCAAAGUUCCACUUAUAACUGUGACUAAUUCCAAAAUUUUGUUAGUUUUGUUUUACCCUGUGAACUCCUGUGCAAACCCAUUUCUAUAUGCUAUUUUCACCAAGGCCUUUCGAAGGGAUUUCUUUCUGCUGAUGAGUAAGUUUGGAUGUUGCAAGGCUCAGGCGGAACUCUACAGGGUCAACAACUUUACUGCCUACACCUCAAACUGUAAAACGGACAGCCUGUACACUGGACCAAAGAAGCCUUCCCGGGCUGAUGUUCAUCUUACGACGUUUGACUGCCAAUACUUGAAUGUAAACGACAAACCAGCAUGUAUAGGCAUUUAA